AUCCCGUGCAUUGUGAUACACUGUGGCGGAAGAGACACGCAAGCCAUGGCCAUGGACGCUUCUGAAGAAACCCUACGGAGAGCUAUGUCUGACAAACAAGCUGCCGUUGACGCACAAGGGAACACCGUCAGAGAUCUAAAGGCUUCCGGUGCGGCAAAGGCGGAUAUCGAUGCUGCGGUGGAAGCACUAAACGCCUUGAAACUGGAGAAAUCUUCCAUUGAAAAGCAGCUUCAAGCUACCAUCACUGGAGGCAGUGACGUUGGUACUCUCAGCAGGGAUGCUUUUCGUCAAGCCGUUGGCAAUACGUUGGAGCGGCGGCUCUUCUACAUCCCGUCUUUCAAGAUUUAUCGAGGUGUUGCUGGUUUAUACGAUUACGGUCCCCCUGGUUGUGCGGUUAAGGCUAAUGUCCUUGCUUUCUGGCGUCAACAUUUUGUCCUCGAGGAGAACAUGUUGGAAGUGGAUUGCCCAUGUGUCACACCAGAAGUCGUGCUGAAGGCAUCUGGUCAUGUUGAAAAGUUUACAGACCUUAUGGUCAAGGAUGAAAAGACAGGAACUUGCUACCGGGCUGAUCACCUGCUCAAGGAUUUCUGCAAGGAGAAGCUUGAAAAGGACCUGAAUAUGGAUGCAGAGAAGGCAGCAGAGCUGAAACAAAUUCUUGCGAUUCUUGAUGAUCUCUCUGCUGAAGAAUUGGGAGCAAAGAUCAAGAAAUAUGGUAUAGUUGCUCCGGAUACUAAGAACCCUCUUUCUGAUCCCUAUCCAUUUAACUUGAUGUUUCAAACAUCAAUAGGUCCGUCUGGCUUGAUACCUGGGUACAUGCGCCCUGAGACAGCACAAGGAAUUUUUGUUAACUUCAAGGACUUGUACUAUUUUAAUGGAAACAAGCUUCCUUUUGCUGCUGCACAGAUUGGUCAAGCUUUUAGAAAUGAGAUAUCUCCCCGCCAAGGUCUUCUAAGGGUUCGUGAAUUCACCUUGGCAGAGAUUGAGCACUUUGUGGAUCCUGAAGACAAAUCACAUCCAAAGUUUGGUGAUAUUGCGCAUUUGGAGUUCUUGAUGUUCCCAAGAACAGAACAAACUUCUGGACAGUCCGCGAAGAGAAUGUGCCUUGGUGAUGCAGUUUAUGAGGGAAUUGUUAACAAUCAAACACUCGGCUACUUCAUCGGAAGAGUGUACCUAUUCCUUACUCAACUGGGAAUUGACAAAGAACGGUUGCGUUUCCGACAGCAUUUGGCAAAUGAGAUGGCCCACUAUGCUGCAGACUGUUGGGAUGCAGAGAUUGAGUGCUCCUAUGGCUGGAUUGAGUGUGUUGGUAUUGCAGACAGAUCUGCAUACGACUUACGUGCUCAUUCAGAAAAAAGUGGCGUUCCUCUUGUAGCUCAUGAAAAGUUUUCAGAACCCAAGGAAGUGGAGAAAGUGGUCAUAGCCCCAGUGAAGAAGGAACUAGGUCUUGCAUUCAAGGGUAACCAGAAGAAUGUUGUUGAGGCUUUGGAGGUCAUGGAUGAAAAAGAAGCUAUGGAAAUGAAAUCCAUUUUGGAAUCCAAGGGGGAGGUGGAGUUUCAUGUGUGUACUCUUGGGAAAGUCGUCACUAUUAAGAAGAGCAUGGUGACAAUAUCUAAGGAGAAGAAGAAGGAACACCAACGGACUUUCACACCUUCAGUGAUUGAGCCAUCAUUUGGCAUUGGACGAAUAAUCUACUGCCUGUUUGAGCAUUCCUUCUACACAAGGCCAAGUAAAGCUGGAGACGAGCAGUUGAAUGUAUUUCGCUUUCCUUCUCUUGUUGCUCCCAUAAAGUGCACAGUUUUCCCACUUGUGCAGAACCAGCAAUAUGAAGAAGUUGCCAAACAGAUCUCUUUGUCACUGACUGCGGCUGGUAUCUCACAUAAGAUUGACAUUACCGGUACAUCUAUUGGGAAAAGAUAUGCGAGAACGGAUGAACUUGGUGUACCCUUGGCUAUCACUGUUGAUUCAACAUCUUCUGUUACAAUUCGAGAAAGAGACAGCAAGGAUCAAAUUCGGGUAAGUGUAGAGGCUGUGGCUUCUGUUGUCAAAGAGGUGACUGAUGGAUCAAGCACUUGGACGGAUGUGUCGUGGAGAUUCCCAGCUCAUUCGCAUGUGUCAAUCGAUGAGUGAGAAGUCAAAAGUUUGCUGGAAUGUUAUUAGAAAUUUCACUUGUUCUAUAGUAAGAGUAAUUUAUUGUGUUAGAAUUUCAUUUCACCAUAAAAACUUACAUGUUUUGUUUGUCUGCAUUACUGCAUUAUAUGAGAAAUUUUUACUUGGGGAUGAAAGAGUGAAGCUGCAAUAUUGGUCC